AGCUUGGCGCCUCGAGAUAAAGAGGAAAACCCGCGGCCGUUUCUGACGCGGCCUGCCCAUUCCAUCCGUCGGCGUCCGUCCGUCCGUCGGCGAGCUGCGCUACGAUUGAACCUCACGCCGCACCGCCAUCGCUCUGCCAGCCGCCAGCCAAACCAGCCAACGCCGUCAGUCCGUUCCGAUCUGUCGAGCCGCCGCCAGACACGCCGUGCCGCCGUGCGAGCAAGAUACCGAAAAGACCGACCACGCCGGCGUGAGUGCAAAAGUGUCAUAGGCGGAUCCCCAGCCGAGCAGCCUGUCUAUCUACACCACACCCAGCCGCAAGUCAUCUUGCUCGGCACCCAGUAUUCCGGCGACGACCCUUAUCAUCAUGAGCACCAAGCGCAACAAGUUGCUCCUGGGCCUGGGGGCGGCGGCCGUGGCGGCGGGGGCGGCCAUGUGGCUGUCCGGCGGCCCCAAGAAUUGCCCCAAGAUGCAGAAGCAGCAGGGCCAGCUUGGACAGCUCGCCGCGGUCCGGCCGGGCGCCGGCCCCAUCACGCUGGUGGACCGGAAGGUGGCCGUGCCGCUGCAGCUGGUGGAGAGGCACUCCCUGACGCACGACACGGACCGAUUCCGCUUCGCCCUGCCCUCGCCGGACCACAUCGUGGGACUGCCGACGGGCCAGCAUGUGCACCUCCAGACUUCUCCAGACAAGAACGGCAAGAAGCUGGUGAGGGUGUACACGCCCGUGUCGUCCGACGCGGAUAAAGGCAUCAUGGACGUCGUGAUCAAGCUGUACCGGCCGAACGAGGCCUUCCCCGACGGCGGCAAGAUGAGCAAGGUGCUGGACGCCCUCAAGCCGGGCGACACCAUGGACGUCCGCGGGCCGACGGGCCGCUUUUUCUACCAGGGCAACGGCAGGCUCGGCUUCAAGACGGAGAAGUGGAUGACCGAGCCGGACAAGUUCCACGACGUCAAGAAGAUCGUCAUGAUCGCAGGUGGCUCCGGCGUGACGCCGAUGCUGCAGCUCAUCAAGCACGUCCUGGCCGACCCCGCGGACGGCACGCAGCUGGAGCUGCUGUUCGCCAACAAGUCGGAGGAGGACAUCAUGCUGCGGGACCAGCUGGAAGAGCUCGCUGCCAAGCACCCCAAGCAGCUCAAGAUCUGGUACACCGUCGACAAGGCACCCGCCGGCUGGAAGUACAGCGAAGGGUUCAUCAGCGCGGACAUGAUCAAGGACCACCUGUCACCGCCAGCCGAGGACACCUUCGUGUUCAUCUGCGGUCCGAAGCCCAUGAUCAAGCACGCGUGCAUGCCCUCCCUCGCCAACCUGGGCUACCCGAAGGAACGCAUCCACGUUUUCUGAAGACAUUUCUUAUUCAAUGCCUCGUGCGCCUCGUGCGCCUCGUGCUCGUCAUUCGUCACUGUUAACUUAUGCAUCGUCGCCCGUCUGUGAUACUUUUUUUUAUGAGGCAGGCCUCUUA